GGCUUUUAUCCAACUUUGACCAGAGAAAAAUCAAAUCAGGAAACGCACCUGGUGGCUUUUAUGGAAGAAAAAAAAAGGAAUUUUUUUAAAUAAUUUGUUUUCGUGUUUCCUUGGAUACGGUUCCAGAAAAAAUAAAGAGAGAAAUUGACGAUGAUAUAUAUUUUUUUAGUUUUGAAUCUCUAAUCAGGUGAUAUAUUUUAUCGAUUACAUUAUACUUUUGUUAGGAUUGGUUUUUUUGGCAUUAUUUUGUGAUUCUGGUAAUAGAAUCGAAGGCGGAGGAGAAGAAGAGAGAAAGCAGGUUUUCUCUCUUCUCUUCUCUUUUUCGUGGUGAAGGCCAAAAUCGUUGUUUUCUUUCCAAUAAAUUAGUGUUUGAUUUGGUGAAAUCUCAAACCAUGAUUGUGAUGCGUCGUCUCAAGAGCAUUGCUUCCGGUCGCCCUUCUAUUUCUUCCGAUCCCGGUGGGGAUACUGGCACCAAGAGGGCAAAGGUUGAUCAGGAGUCAGAAUGUAAGGUACACAGAGAAUCAAAAUUAGUUGAGAGGAGUACCACUGGUCUAGAGCAGCAUAUGGCUUCUACGUCACGGGAAACUGUAGCAAGCACGUCCGAUGUAACUUCUGUUGAUACAAUGGCGAAAUCAGAUGUCGAUCAGCUCCCUAAUGAAAUGCAUGGAAUGAGAAUUAGAGACGAGAAAACUGCCGACCAUGAUGAUAAGGAUGUGGAGGCUACUGUUGUUAAUGGAAAUGGAACAGAAACAGGUCAGAUAAUUUCAACUAUUGUUGGUGGUCGAAAUGGGCAACCAAAACAGACGAUCUCCUACAUGGCAGAGCGUGUGGUUGGUACGGGUUCAUUUGGUGUUGUCUUUCAGGCUAAGUGCUUGGAGAGAGGUGAAUCUGUUGCUAUUAAGAAGGUUCGGCAGGAUAAAAGAUACAAGAAUAGGGAACUCCAGAUUAUGCGUAUACUUGACCAUCCUAAUGUGGUUCAACUUAAGCAAUGUUUCUUUUCAACCACUGACAAAGAUGAGCUUUAUCUUAACCUUGUUCUGGAGUAUGUUCCAGAAACUGUUUACCGAGUUUCAAAGCACUUCAGCCGAAUGAAUCAGCAUAUGCCCAUUCUUUAUGUCCAGCUGUAUACAUACCAGAUUUGCUGUGCUCUAAAUUAUUUACAUAAUGUGGUUGGUGUAUGUCAUCGUGAUAUUAAGCCGCAAAAUUUACUGGUCAAUCCCCACAGUCACCAGUUGAAGAUAUGUGAUUUUGGUAGUGCCAAGAUGUUGGUGCCAGGUGAACCCAACAUAUCAUAUAUAUGCUCACGAUAUUAUAGGGCUCCAGAACUUAUAUUUGGGGCGACAGAGUAUACAACUGCUAUUGAUAUGUGGUCUGUUGGUUGUGUCAUGGCUGAGCUUCUGCUUGGCCAGCCACUGUUUCCUGGUGAAAGUGGUGUCGAUCAGCUGGUGGAAAUUAUUAAGAUACUGGGAACACCAACCAGAGAAGAAAUUAAAUGCAUGAAUCCUAAUUACACUGAGUUCAAAUUCCCUCAGAUCAAAGCUCAUCCAUGGCAUAAGAUAUUUCACAAGCGAAUGCCCCCUGAAGCGGUGGAUCUUGUGUCAAGGCUACUUCAGUAUUCACCAAACCUACGUUGCACUGCUUUAGAGGCGUGUGCACAUCCCUUCUUUGAUGAUUUGAGAGACCCCAAUGCAUGCUUGCCUAAUGGGCGAGCCCUGCCUCCUCUGUUCAAUUUCACUGCUCAAGAACUGGCUGGUGAAUCUGUCGAAUUACGUCAUCGUGUUAUCCCAGAACAUGCAAGGACAUAAUAAGAUCAAAUGAGAUGGCAUCUAUAGGCAUUGUAAAUUGGUUUUGAAUGCUUAGUUGCCACCCCAUACAAGCGACAUUGACCCCCCACCUCUUGCUAGUUCAGAGCUGACCAUCUUUGUUCCUUAAAUUACAAGCCAAGGCCUGAAGGUAGUGGUGGGGGCUAUCCAUUCAAGGACUCCCACAGUGGAUGUGCUGGUGGUGCUUUGAGGUGGACGGAUUGCACGACUGCUGAAGAUGAAGUUUUGGGAUUUUCUUUUUCUUUUUUCUUUUUUUUUUUCAUUUACAAUGUGAUUUGCUAUCUGCCUAAACUAAUGAAAAAGAUGA